GGAGUGGAUCAGGGAGUCUGGUCUGAGAGGAGCUUCUUCUCUGCCCUAAGGAUCGUGCAGUGGCCAAACUUGAGAGAGAGAAUACUGAGAUAAUAUUAACAAACUGAGAUAUCCCGGCUUUGUUCUCAACUUCUUCUCCCUAAACAGGUUCCGUCUUCUCCCUUGGGAAGACAAAAUCGUGUGGGAGCUGUUUUUUUUUUUUUGGCGUAAGAGAUGUUGAAUGGGGUUUUUGCAGUAUCCUAAACUACUUUUAAAGCAUUUACUGCGUCUUGCAUCUGCUAUCAUCCUGGCAACCAGACCUGCUCUCCAUCCUCUUCAUCCCUCACCAUCAGUUGCCUCCUAUCCCUGAUUUUUGACGCUCCAAGUGGCUACAGGCUGUUUUCUCCACAGGUGGCACUUCAUUACCUGCUUUCUAUUCUAUUUUUACUUUUUUAGUUAGGUUUAUGUGUCGGGGAAAUAAUGCCUGUGAGACGCGGCCAUGUGGCGCUCCAGAACACCUACCUGGACACUAUCAUCAGGAAAUUCGACGGUCAGAAUCGCAAGUUCCUCAUCGCCAAUGCCCAGAUGAAGAACUGUGGCAUCAUCUACUGCAAUGAAGGCUUCUGCCAGAUGUUUGGUUUUGCCAGGGCGGAGAUCAUGCAGCAGCCCUGUACCUGCCAGUUCUUGGUGGGGCCCGGCACCAUGAAGAGUGCCCUCGCCCAGCUGGCUCAGGCCCUGCUCGGCUCCGAAGAGCACAAGGUGGAGAUCCUCUACUAUGAUAAGGAAGGUACCUGCAGACCAUGCCUGGUGGACAUUGUGCCCGUAAAAAACGAGGAAGGAAUUGUCAUCAUGUUUAUUCUCGACUUCCAGGAGCUGAUUGAUCCAUCUCUCAAAAAGUCAGGCCUCAGGAACAGAGUCACCCAAGGACUGAUUUUCUGUCAGAAUCGCAGGUUGAAGAUGAGGCUGCCGAUGCUCCGGUCAAGGCGACGACCUUCACUUUCCAAAGAUCAAUUUGAAGGAGUGGUAGUGGACUACUUGCAGCCAAACAGCGAGGAAGUCCCCCUCAGAGAGUUUCGGAUCCCGUCCAAGGAGAGCUGCAUGCAGUCUGAGACAGAAGCCCUGAUAGAACAGGACCUGGACCCCCCCUCCCCUGCAGCCCAGCCCUCCACCAAGCGGCGCUCCCUGCUGACAGACCACCUCGACCCCGGGAAUGCCUUCCCCGGAGGAGCCUUACCUCUGAGCUGUUCUCGGGACAGUGUCCGCAGCCUCAGACGAGCCUCGUCACUGGACGACAUCGAUGGCAUGAGGGCAGAAUGGAGCGAUCGGCCUGGAGACUCCCAAACCAACAGUAAUCUGAAGCCGAGCGUUUUGAACUCCACGUCAGACUCGGACCUGAUGAGACAUCGAACCAUCGGCCGCAUUCCUCAGGUUACUCUCACCUUCGGCUCAGACAGGAUGAGACCUCCUUCGCCAACGGAAAUUGAAAUCAUUGCACCCAGCAAGAUUAAAGACCGAACUCAAAACGUCACAGAGAAGGUCUCACACGUCACUCAGGUGUUGUCUCUCGGUGCUGAUGUUCUGCCAGAGUACAAGCUCCAGGCCCCUCGCAUCCACAAAUGGACCAUCCUUCACUACAGUCCCUUCAAAGCAGUAUGGGACUGGGUCAUCCUGCUGCUGGUCAUCUACACCGCCAUCUUCACACCAUACUCGGCCGCCUUCCUUCUCAACGAGGUGGAGGAAGAGCGGAGGAGAACGUGCGGCUACACCUGUGACCCGCUCAACGUAGUGGACCUGGUGGUGGACGUCAUGUUCAUAGUGGACAUCCUCAUCAACUUCAGGACCACCUACGUCAACCAGAACGAUGAGGUGGUCAGCCAUCCCGGACGCAUCGCGCAGCACUACUUCAAGGGCUGGUUCCUCAUCGACAUCGUGGCCGCCAUACCCUUCGAUCUGCUCAUAUUCCGCUCUGGGUCUGAAGAGCCUCAGACAACAACUCUGAUUGGAUUACUGAAAACAGCGCGACUGCUGAGGUUGGUCCGAGUGGCCAGGAAGUUGGACCGUUAUUCAGAAUAUGGAGCUGCAGUCCUUUUCCUCCUCAUGUGCACCUUUGCCCUUAUUGCUCAUUGGCUGGCCUGUAUCUGGUACGCCAUCGGCAACGUGGAGCGAACAGGUUCAGCCCGCAUCGGAGGCCUCAAGAUCGGCUGGCUGGACAACCUGGCGGACCAGAUUGGUAAACCGUUCAACGACAGUGAUCCAGCUGCAGGUCCAUCCACCAAAGACAAGUAUGUCACAGCCCUGUACUUCACCUUCAGCAGCCUGACUAGCGUGGGUUUUGGGAAUGUCUCACCCAACACCAACCCAGAGAAGAUCUUCUCCAUCUGUGUCAUGCUUAUUGGCUCUCUGAUGUAUGCCAGCAUCUUUGGUAAUGUGUCAGCCAUCAUUCAGAGACUGUACUCAGGAACGGCACGGUACCACACCCAGAUGCUGCGGGUCAAAGAGUUCAUCCGUUUCCACCAGAUCCCAGGCAGCCUGAGACAGAGGCUGGAGGAGUACUUUCAACAUGCCUGGUCCUACACCAACGGCAUCGACAUGAACGCUGUUUUAAAGGGUUUCCCUGAGUGUCUUCAGGCUGACAUCUGCCUCCAUUUGAACCGGUGCUUGCUGCAGAACUGCAAAGCUUUUCGAGGUGCCAACAAAGGCUGCCUGCGAGCUCUGGCCAUGCGAUUCAAGACCACCCACGCCCCACCGGGUGACACGCUGGUCCACAGUGGGGACAUUCUUACCGCCCUCUACUUCCUUUCCAGAGGUUCUAUAGAGAUCCUUAGGGAUAAUGUGGUGGUGGCCAUACUAGGGAAGAACGAUAUCUUUGGUGAACCCAUCAGUCUUUAUGGGAGGCCAGGCAAAUCCAGCUCUGACGUCAGGGCUUUGACCUACUGCGACCUUCACAAGAUCCAGAGAGAGGACCUGCUGGAGGUGAUGGACAUGUAUCCUGACUUCGCUGACAAGUUCUGGACCAACUUGGAGAUCACAUUCAACCUGAGAGAUGCAGAUAGAAUACACCUACCAACCCCUGGCAGGGACUCUGAUUGUGACUACCGGCGGACAAGGCGUCGGAGAAGAUCCCUGCGUCGCCGAAACCGACCAGACGGCAUGGACCGUGAAGACUCGUACCCCGAUCAGUCCUGCACAGUAGCCAACCACCACCAAGGAAUGAUGGCAGGAUCCCAUUGGGAAGACAUCUGCAGCAGUGCUAGCAACUCUUCGCAGUCUAGUGAUGAGGAGAUGAGGCCUGUGGGACACAGCAAGGGGGAGCUGUACCCCACACCGAGGGACACCAGAGACUACCCCCCCGUGGUCAACGUCCUGCCGCACAGUGGACCCUCAGCUGGGAUGGGCCCGCUUGUUGACCCCGGAGGAUCACAAUACUCAGAAACAGCAGCAGCCCCGAUCAGCAUGUCCGGCCUGUACGGCUACUGGCCGGACCGCAAAGCCAGCCAGUUCUCAGAGAGUCAGAGACGAGCGUCCUCAGUCAGAGCCAGCUUCCAGCGUCCACCCUGCCCUGAAGCUCGACCCAGCGAGCUGGGGACCAGACUGGAUCUGCUGCAGUCCCAUUUGAACAGGCUGGAGACCCGAAUGACUGCAGACAUCAAUGUGAUUCUACAGCUCCUGCAGAGGCAGAUGGCCCCGGUGCCUCCAGCCUACAGUGCUGUGUCCCCCCGCCCUCACCCGCCUCCCCCCACCACCCUGUUCAGCGCAGGAGCAAUCCACACUGUCCCUCUGAUCCCGCCUGUCCAGAUCGGCAGCACUGCCUCGCUCCUACAGAGUCCAGACUCGGACUUCAACCCUAAGUCUAGGGACUCUCUGUCCAGCGGGAUCCAUCUCACUGUGGCCUCUGAUGACACGAUGUCCAUGUCGCCAGAGGCUGUCCCCCCACACCUGCCCUCUAUGGAAAUCACCCCUCCUCAAUUUUCAGGAGCCCAGGAGCUUCCUGGACUGUUAUGUGUCAGCCAGCGCUUCCCCUCCCUCCCUGAGCACCUGGAGACCUCCAGAGCGCCGCAGGAGAUCCAGAGGCACGUCUCUGACCCUGGGCUGCCGGGGAGCUAGAACAGCAAACACCUCACAAAAGCCUGGUCCUUUGGAUGGGACGGCCAUAUGUUCCCCGCUCUGUUACUUCCCCCUCCCUUCAAACCUCCUCUGUCCUGCUCAGAUGCUGCUGUAGGGCGUGGGAUGCUUGCCUUCCACGUCCCUGAGGGUUCAGGGGCCCCCUGUUUCUGAUGUUCGGACUCUACAGUGCCCUGACAGGCGGCUGUGGCUUUGUGAUUCAGCAUCCCUUCACACCCGAGGUCCUGUGCAAUAAAGAGAUUAUUCCUGCCCAGCACGGUCGGAAAACGGUGGUACACGAGUGGACAGUAAACACAUACAAACAUAUACAUGCGUUGUGCAGUCGUCGGAUCUGAAAGCCACACAAACUGCAUCUCAGACAAAGGUUUCUGUGAAGAGAAGUAAAAUGUAUUUUAUGUUUCACAUGAAGAAUUAUCUGCAUUCACUUUGUAUAAGAAUUGCACAUUUAGACUUAGUAGAAUGUAAUCAUUUAUUUGGAAUAUAAUUUAUUUUCCUAAUAUUAGAGAUGUAUUGGUCACAUUAAGAACAAUACGUCUAGUAAAUGUGAUGAACUAUAAGUGAUAAGUUAGAGACUGAGUUUUGGUGUACGGUGAAAAAAUAUCAAAAGGCAUACGGUAGCUGUCUGGCACACUGUGAAGGGUGAUGGGUUCAAAGAAAAGUGUCAUUUUCAUCUCAUUUCAUGUUCUGACAUUAAGACAUGAAUCUAGAGACUUGUUAGCAGUCAUCAUGAGAAGGUAUUACAGCGUACAAUGUCAUAGUUUCUUUUAUAUUCACAAAUAGCUCUAUCGGUUCUGUUUCAAUCAUGACUGCUGAGCUGUUUCCCCCCAUUUCUGUGUGUCUAUAUCUGCUCGGUUAAACUCAAAUGUGUCAAUGUCUUUUAUGGUCACAUGACUUCAUAAUGCUCCUGAUUUGGUGUUUUUCUGAAAGUGCCAACAUCAGAGGACUUGUAUUCUAAGCCGUGAUUGCAGAAGGUUGUUUUAAUGAGUAGCAGGUGAAGUGGAUAGUCACUGUGAAUCACAUACAGACACAGAGACGUCCUCAAGGCGCCUUUUGUUAAGAUGAUUUCACAGCUCCAACUACAGGCUGAAUGUAAUGACUUUUUAAGCAUUUAUUAAUAACUGUAAUGUUUUUUGAAGCACAAAUUCCUGUUCUUUAUCUUUUUUUAGAUUAAAGACACAACACAGAGUUACACUGGGAGUCCAAAUCCUUUUUAUUGUAUUAUUCAACAAAGCACUGACGUACAAACUGCACCACCAGUAAAGUAACACUUUCUAAGAUCUCUCAGAAUGUAAUUAUUCAUGAGUAUGUUAUAAGUUACUGUUUUGGAAAUAUUGUUCUUCUUACCAAAGUACAUUUAACAGUUUCUUUGUGGAUUGGGAUUUUGGAAACCGAUACUGGGAAACUUACAAAAUCAUUCAUCAUUUACAAAUGCACUUUAAGGUGAAUCAUGUACAAAUCUAAGAGGUCAAAGAGAACCACCAUUUCUCAUUUACAUGGACUAAUGUCAAUGUUCAUAACUCCACUAGUAUAUUAACAAGUUUGUUAAUAUACAAUUUGUUAGUGUUUAUAUUGAAGUGUUAUUUGGGGCUGCUUUGUUUAUUAAGGACCAGGGCAGUUUGCAAUCAUUAACAGAACCAGGAGUAUGGGCCUCAUUCACAAAUAUCUUCAUAAGUGUCUUAUUAAACUUAAAGGGUGUUAGAAAGGUUUAACAAAACUGUUAAAGGUGGAGUACCGGACUCCAAAUGUAAAAAUAAAUGUCAAUAGAUCUGAAGUGCAGGUUCUUCUGAAGGAAGUGAACACCAGCCUUACAUUUAUGGCCCUUCAAAGGGCACCAGACUGGAAUACAACAGUGAUAUGCUGCUAGGGAAAUGUAAUCUACAUAAGGGGGUAUAACUCAGUGGUUGAGCAUUUGGCUCAGAUCAAGAGGUUGCCAGUUCAGUACAAUCAAACAAAUAAAUACAUAAAGAUUUUAUUAAAUGCCAAAAUAGAUUUCUAAGUAGAUGUUGUAACAGGACAUAACAAUCUUAAAUUAUUUCUUCAUUUUAGUUCAACUA